AUGGAGAUGAGGUUCAAGGUGCAGGACAGAGGAAUAUACCAAAGAUGGCAGAUUCCCAUCCAUGGGGUCAAAACAUCCAUACCACCAACCAAGAGCAAGUGCCAGAAACAUCCACAAAAAAACAACGGAGCAGGCAGCGCAGAAACCAGGGGAUUGAACAAAACAAUUCACCCCAGCAACAUCCACCACACUAGCACAUCAACAGGAGAGAAAGCCAGAAAGCCUUGGAAAUUAUUGGCAGCAGAGCGAAAACAAAGAAGAGCAGACAAAAGCCAGAAAGGCCUGAGAAUUUCUGACCGCAAACAGCAGAGCAGACAGAGAAGCAGCCAAAAUGAAACACUGCAAUCAAGUGCCAGAACUUCCUUCCAGCAAAGCAUAAUAAAACACUUCAAGGUCGAUCAAAAAUUUCCCUUGGCAGAUCCCACUGUCUUUGAAGCCAAAGAUUAUAGGGGUGGUUUGGUGUAA